AUGAAUAUAAUAUACUAUUUUCUAUGGAUAACUAUUCUCAAGGUUCAUCUUGUUGAAUUAUUGAACGAUACAAAUAACACAAGUCACGGUAUUCGCAUACAAAUAUUUGACAACAUAGCUGAGAUAUCUCGACCAAUAUCAGCAUCUGAUUUACCUAUAAUAUAUUUUCAAGCAGAAUGGAACGAUAUUCGAUCGGAUUCACUUCGAUUAAUUGGUGAUGAUGUUAAUAUUCAAGCACAGAUUAUUUCUUAUAAUCGUACUUCUUCAAAUGGUCAAAAAAUUUUUGUUCAACGAAGUACAACAAAUGAUACAUAUACAGACGCCAUCAUGAUUGAUGACACACGAAAUCUAAUACAUGAUUUAGUUGACAAUACAUACUAUACAGUAGCAUCGGAACGUAUUAGAUAUUUAUCAAUUCCAUCCGAACGACAUUAUUCAGUUAACUUCGUAUUUCAAACAGAAAAUGUUGAACAACUUUAUUUAAGAUACUUACAAAAUAAUAUUAAAUGGAAAGUACAUUAUGAUCUUUUAUUAGAAAUGAAUGAUACUGAUUCAAACUUACAAGCUUAUGCUGAUAUACAAAAUGAUGGAAGUUCAUCAUUAACAAUCGAUUCUGCUGAAUUAAUUAGCGGUGAUGUUAACAUUCGAUCGUCUUCAUCCGGUUCAUCACAAUAUUUUACUAAUAAUUUUCCGUCGCCUAGUUAUGAUGCUCCUCAAAGUGGUAUUUAUCAACAGACAGGACCUGUAACAACUACUGCACCUACAAUUGCUCCAAGCAGAGAAUUAGCUGGCAUAUAUGUAUUCUCAAUAAAUGAAACAUUUAUUCUUAAUCCUCAAGCAAACUACAUUCUUCCAAUAUUUCGUCCAACAAUUGAUAUUGAACGUUAUGGUUUAAUAGAGAAAUAUUUUCGAUCUAUGGACAACCGUGGUCAUGCUCGACGUGCUUAUCGUCUUCGUGUACCAAAUACUUAUUUACCUAAAGGACAGGUAUUUGUACGAGAAUCAAAUCGAUUAGUUGGUGAAAUUUAUUGGUCCGAUCAUUCACCAAAUGAAACAAAUGAAUUCAAUUUAGGUGAAGAUCCUGAUUUACAAUAUACGGAGUACGUACAAUUAAAUUCACGUCGACAAGCUUAUGAAGCAAAUGGUUUUCGUUUUAUUUUAUCGACAUAUACAAUUAAUUUAAAUUUAGUUAAUAACAAGAAACGUCCGAUAAAUAUCGAAUAUCGUUUAAGAUUUUUUUCACAAGAUAAUUUAACAUUGAAAGAAAAUACAAAUGAUAAUGUAUUACAACUUGAUGGUUCAACUAUUAGUGGUAUAUUUAAUUUAAAUGAAAAUCGUAACCAAGAAAUUCAAUUUACAUUUGAAUCACAAUAG